AUGAUCAGCAAACUGGGAGACGAUCUCCUCUUGGAGAUUUUGAUCCGCCUCCCGAACCCUAGAUCAGCCUGCCGCUGCAAAUCCGUCAGCAAGCGGUGGAGCUUCUUGAUCUCCGAUCCCAGCUUCAAUCGUCGUUUCGUUUCUCACCACCAGCGACCUCCCCUGCUUCUUCCCUCCAACGAUCCACAAUCGAUCAUCCCGACCAUUCUCCCCGUGCCAACUGAUGUCGACGGACUGCGUUUCUCCGUCUUGGAUUCCUUCGAGGACUUGCUUCUAUGCGGGGUUACAUUCCCAGAGGACAUCGAUGCGGAAUUCAGCAGAUCGUACUUCGUAUGCAAUGUGUUCACGAAGCAAUGGGUCGCACUUCCUUUGGCGCCUGAAAUUCCACCGGGAUGCGCGGUAGUGGUUCCAAGGUUAGUUUGCGAGCCUGCUGUUUCUAACAAUCUUGAUAUGGGAGAUGGCGAAGCAUCUGUUUGUUAUUCGGAGUAUCGAUUUCGGGUGGUCUGCAUUUGUCAAUGUGGUUUGCGUAUAAAGCUAGAUGUGUUUUGUUCCGAGACUGGAGAAUGGACGAAGGAGGCUGUUGUUCUUGAUGGUGAUUAUCUAAUCCAAAUGAAAAAUGUACUUUCCUGCAACGGGGAGUUGUUCUUCGUGGAUUUGUAUGAGGAUGAAGAUGGUGAUGUUUAUCCUUUGAUUGCUGUGAUUAACCCUUUCCGCCUAGAUAUGCGUCCCACUUACCUUGAUGCUCGUGAACUUCUUGUGACGCCGAAGUGGGAUAUUGCGGUAUCGCAAGGUGCUCUGCACGUGAUUCUAUUUGAAGAGGAACGCACACCUGAUUGUUCCAUGGCUGAUUUGAGUGUUUGGAAACUGCAAGAAGACCCUAAAACUUGGAGGCUGGUACGUGAAGGGGUGGUGAAGACAACUCCAAGGUGUCUGCACCGAGAGAUGGCUGACAUUGAACAUUGUGAGAAGGCUGGCCCUGAACGAAAGACAUCAACGUCUAACUAUGAAGUUGAUGCCAUUAUUUUCCCUUCUUUGCAUCCAGAUAACCCGGAAAUUGUCUUCUUCCAUUGUUUUUCAAUUGGUCCUCAGUGUGCUAUCUUGUCUUGCGAUUUGACGAGGGGAGAGCUGGAGUUCUUCUCUUACUUUAGAGCACGUUCACUUCGUUGGGCGGUGUUCCAGCCCAAGGUCUCUUGUUGUUCUUCUCCAAUUCGAAGAUACAAGGAAUUGAAACUCCUCUACAAUGGUAGCUACAGUUGCUGGGUCCAGAGCAGCAAACCAACAACUCCCUCAAUAACGGGUACGUACUCCUAG